AUGAGUUAUCUAAGCGAACAAUACAAUGACUCACGUAACUGGCCAAGAUUCGUCGAUGAAUGCAAAGUUGCGUACAACUGUCAAAAUUCUUCGGAGUAUGAUGAGGAUGAAAAAGAGUUGUCAUGUGAUGACGCAGACAGACAACACAGAAGUUUACACAUCCGAAUGCCCAGUGUCAAUGUUGAUAGACUCUCAUUCUACGGAAUCUUAAACAGGGAAACUCCAUACAUACAUCCUAUCUUUCGUAAAAGGGAAAUCUCAGAGACUAUAUAUCAGGAUCUGUCUCUUGCUGAAAGGGAAGAGUGGGCAAUGGAGAAUGUUUCAAGAGUAGUCAAAGGUGUCCAAAAUAUGAUUGAAGUUGAGAACGAUCUCGAAGUUCAAAUGGAGGCGGAAAUCUCUGAUUGUAUGAGGACUGAGGAUGAAGAUCGCACGAAUCUCGAGAAUGAGUAUCUCCAUGUAUACCAAGAGGAGUUUGCUCAACACUCUUUGAGGCAGAAACAGAGAGGGAUGGCAUUAUUGUCAGAGGUGGGAAUACUCCAUACAACAUCUCAAGCUGAGGGAUCAAGCUCAGAGUUUCCCAAUCCUCAGAAGAUGUUAAGUCAUACUUACUAUACAGUACGUGGAUGGACAGCUCGUCGCGGGACCGUUGAUGACGCCUUCAUCCAAGCUUUAUCAAACACUUUGUUAGCCGGGGUUCUCUAUGAUAACUCUCCCUGGGAUUUCAAUGCCUUCUCAGGGCAAAUGGAAUAUCAGAGUGAAGUAGAUGUUGACGACGAGACGAGGAAUCUACAAUUGGACGAACUAUUCAAAUCGUUCGAAAAUCAAAACCGGUUAGAGGCCUUGAACAGCCUGAAGGAAGCAGUUAGAUAUUUCCCGGAGGAGGAUCCAGUUCCUACAUCUUUGCAGGAAGAGAUAGAUGGAAAGGUGGGAUGGUUAUAUUUACGUUCUGGUGGAUUGACACCAGCCCAAGCAGACGAAUGGCACUCUCGGCACCCGUUGCCAUCUCCGGCCAUCCAGAGUUAUGUUGAGGAAACGGAUAUGAUAUGGGAGAACAAGGGGAAACAGGUCGAGCAUCCCAUCUCAGAUCUUGGAAGUGGACAGGGAGGAGGGAGUGAUAAUGAAACAGUGACACAAGUUGUUGUAUCCCACAAUCCAAGAGAAAAGGGGGGUGUUAGGAGUUUACUUCGCAGGGGCAAAGCGUUCAUUUCCAAAGGAGGAGACAAAAUCCAUCACAUAGCACCAGAGACACCUAGACUUCUACAGAGUUCCAUCGAGUUCGACUCAACCUGCGACCUAGUCAUCGUGUUUCCAGUACUGUUACACUAUCCCCCUGAAGCUAGAAGACCUUGGCUUCCAGAGAUUGAGGAAUCAAGAGUUGGAGAACCCAUCCUCACCAUCCUCAUGACACUACCUGUGCUAGACAAUGAUGCUCUGCUAGACAGGGAACCACAUUCCCUAAGACUUCCCCCUGUUGGAUACACCUACACCUACCUUGGUGAUUACGGUUUCAGAUGUGUCAUCCCCCACAACUACUGUUACGGUCAAUGA